AUGACUAUAGAACAGAAUGGAGGUAUGGGACCUAAAAUUAAUCUAGGGUCUAAUAAUAAUAAUAAUGGGGGAUCAACUGGCGGACAACAGCUGCAGACAGCUCAAGGCACUUCAGGUAGUCUUGGGGCUGUUUCUGUGCCGAGCGGUGGGCCUGAUGGUCUAAUGACGACGAGUAUUGCUACAGUUUCAUCUACCAUGGGCCCUUCUGCUCUUCCAGCUGGUUCAAACGAGUUUGUGCGGAAACUAUUUGCAUUACUCGAAGAUACCAAGAUCCAAGAUAUUGUACGGUGGACAGAAUCUGGAGAUAGAUUUGUUGUUCUUGAUACAAAUGAAUUUACAACAAAAGUUCUUCCUCGUCAUUUCAAGCAUUCAAACUUUGCCAGUUUUGUGCGACAACUUAACAAAUAUGAUUUCCAUAAAAUAAGAGCCUCAGAGUCCGGUGAUAAAUAUGGUGACAAUGCAUGGGUGUUUCGGCACCCAGACUUUCAGCAACAUAAAGUGGAACUAUUAGAUAAUAUUCGUCGGAAAACAACAGUCUCAUCGCGCAAACAGAAUGCAGCAGUUACAAAUGCAACAACAAACAAUAAUGCUGAAGCAUUAGACAAUGUGCCAAAUACAGAAUGUGGAGAUAACGGGCCAUGUGGGAACGGUUCAACUUGCUCGACAACAGGAGGCAAAGAGGCAUGCGAUCCAGCAGCAAUUUGUGGGCCCGUAAUUGCAGCUGAAAUGGCAUCACGGCACGCAAUUACACAAGCGCUUGAAACACGCAUCAACGAGCUGGAAGCUAAUGCUCGACGGUCGCGCGAUGAACUGCGAACAAUUUCUGGGCUCAAUUCUGUGCUUCUUCAGCGGCUGCAUUCUGCACAAAACGCAAUCCAAACUACUACAUCAGUUCUGCGCAAACUCAUCAUCUUAUCAUCAGGUGGUAGAGAAGCUUCUGAUAACCCCGCGGGUUUCAAUAAUCCAGCUUACCUUGAUUUACUACAAUCUCUCAAUACUAUCGAAUCCACGCGUAAUGACACACCAAUGGUAAAUCUGCCUUCACGCCGCACUUCUGCAAUUCCAACCCAACGCCCAAAUGUUUCGCUGUCGCCGGUCGACAGCCAGUACGGCAUAAUGUUACCCGCAGGGUCCUCUUUUAGCACAGGUGUGAGUCCGGCGUAUACCGAAAACGGGGUUGUGUUAAGGGCUCAUGGGCCGCGACAUGCGGCAGGCAAUGGGGGGAAUCGCCCCCUUGUAUUGCUCGUGGAUGACAACAAUGUGAGUGCACGUAAAAUUGGCAAGUUUGUGCGUGAGUUUGGGUGCGAUAUUGAGGUGACCAAUGAUGGUGUUGAUGCAUGGCACCGCGCGCAGGCGCGCGAAGAGUCACUGCAUUCAGCAACAUCAGGAGGAACAGUUCCACCACGUGCAUUUUCUUUGGUACUUAUGGAUUCGGUUAUUCCAUCGCUAGACGGGAAGACCGCGGCGACACAAAUGCGCAAAAGUGGUGUUGGAGCUGCAAUUAUAGUUAUGACUUCAGCUGCUACUGAGGACGUGCAAGAUGACAAUAAAGAUGGAUCUUCCAGGGAAUCUAGCAAUAUAGAUCAAAAUUCUAGCGAAAAAGAUUGCGAGGCGCGGCUGCUGAGUAGGAAACGGUCGCUGGAGGGGUACAUGCAGGCUGGUAUUAGCGAGAUUCUUGUAAAGCCGUUCAAAAAGGAAGACCUGUUUCGAGUCUUGAGACGAUACUUGGGCGAUUUAAAUGGGCUUAGCAGUGGAAGAAUUAACAGCAACACCCAUUCUGCAUCAUCAUCUUCUGGACCUGGAGGUCUUGGGGAUGUAUUUGGGUUAGAGAAUAUGGGGUUGGGCGGAAUUGGGUUGGAGGAUAUUGGGCUUGAAGAGAAUACCCUGGGCCCGGAUCCUAGCCUUAACAACGGUUCUGGAGGGUUGAAUGAAAAUGAAAGCAACGGAUCGUCUUCAUCCUCGGUAUCGACAUCCUCUGGGGCUGGAUGCAGAGCUAGAGCUGGUGAAGAAGAAAAAGAAGGAGAAGAAGGAGAAGAGGGAGAAGAAGAAGGAGAAGAGGAAGAAGAGGAAGAAGGGGAAGACAGACCAUCAUUACAGGAACCGAAGCGGGUACGAAUGUACUGA